AUGGGUGUCUCCAGCUUAUACCGUGUUGCUCUCUUUGGAGUUUCUGUUCAUGCUCUAGCAUACCCUGGGCCACAGGCAACAGAUCGGGUUAUCAUUCCCUCGGACGCGCAGACCCCUAAGCCAACACUUCCCCCGACUCCUCAUCAUGAGCUUUUCAAGCGUCAAGUUUCCGGGAGCGCAAGCGACUCUGGCUCCUAUGGCGACACCAUUUUCAUUGCUCCAGACAACACAUGUGGUUAUGUGAGCGGAUUAGCAGGUGCUGCUUUUACCUGUGUCGACCCAACCAAUUCUUGCGUCUUCAUCCCUUCCUCUGGUUCGAUACCCGGUGCUGCAGGAUGCUGCAACACCAAAGUUUGCGGCUUCCGUGUUGCUUGCAUGGAUUACAGCGAGGUCCUCGUCCAGAGCAAAUGCGAUGACGGUUGCAUGGCAGACACUUACACCGCAAAGUGCACAGGAACGGACAACCCGUAUUGCGGUACCAUCGCAUUUCCCGGGGGUAUCACCGACUAUUUUUGCGGAACUCUUUCUGGCUCGCGUGUGCAAUCGGCCAAGACGACCUGGGACGGCGAGACAGAUGGCCGCACCUUCCUAACAUGGACCAACAGCGGCAGCAGCUCGACCCUUGCCAUCCCGACUAUAGAGUCCAGCACCUCCGCCCGCGGCGCAAGCUCAACCCCCUCCUCGAUCUCCUCCGGCACCGUUGGCGUGGGCGGAUCCAUCACUGACCCAGCCGAUCCCGACCAACCGGAACCGAAGAAGGAGAAAGGAGGAAGCAACAUUGGCGCCAUCGUCGGCGGUGCUGUCGGCGGUCUAGCCGUUAUUGGUCUUGUAAUCCUCGGUAUUGUCUGGAUGGUGCGCCGCAAGAAGCGCAACAACAACACCCCCGACACUCCUGCAACCUCGGCAGCAGCAGCAGGAGCGGUACCUCCUCCCGGCGGCGGCGGCGGUCACCCAGGUCUAGCCAACUCCCCGCCACCACAGCCCACCCCCAGCCCUGGUAACGGUGGCAAUCUCGACCCGGCCCUCAACAACAACUCCCACAACAGUUACUACUACGCCGGCGGCGGUACCCCGGACCCCCACAAGGUUCCCGUUAUGACUCAACACUACCCUGCUCCUGCUUCGCCUCCUCCUCCUUCCGCCGAUUACAACAACAACAACCACAACAACCACAACAACUACAAUAACGGACAACAUCCCCAAUGGAACAACAAUGGAAACCCCAACGGCAGCCCAACAUCAGGUUACAUCCCCCCUUCCAGCCCUGCUUCUACCUUGAUGUCCGGGGGUGGGUAUCAACCUAGCAGCGUUAGCGGCGGCGGUGGUGCGCCAAUGGGUCAUCCGCAUCACAUGUCUGGCCAGAGCUUCACCGGGGUUUCGCCAAUGGGUGGGCACGGACAAGGACAUGGACCGAUAUACGGACCGGGCGGACAGCCGGUUUACGAGGCGGCGAGUAAUGCGGUGGGCGGACCGCAGGAGUUGAAUGCGAAUCACAGGGGACAUAUGCAUGAGUUGCAAUAG